AUGACAAUGAAUUAUCAGUCAUUAUUUGGUAACUAUGCUAAUAGCUCCAAUUUUAACAGGCCGUUUGUGGUUGAUAGCAGACCUGCAGAUCUCAUGACGAGGGAUGCACAAGAUUUAGCUGGUAUUGACAAUACAGAGGUUUUGGGUCCUCAUACCAUUGGUGACGACUACUCCACACAAGGCAAUCCGAACGGUCUUGGUCCAAAACAAAAAGCUUUUGCAACUACACAUCCAAACUCUGCCUUGUCACCUACUUCAAAUGAAUCCACAGUCACUAAUAUGUCUGACACUUUUCAAUUGAGUGAUGAGACAUUUUUUAAGAGCAGCUACUUAAUAACCCCAUCUAAUUUUGAAGCUGAGACACAGUUACAAUCCUCGGUUUUAAGCAAAGGCUUGGAAGCAGAGUUUAAAUUUCAGCCAUCCCAGCCUUUCAACUCCUCAAGUAUAGACACCGAAUUACCACAACAAGAGGACUACAAUUUCUACAGAGGGCCUAGCAGUGAUAGACAUCUACGUCAUAAUUCAGCACCAAGCUUUAUGCAACAUCAACAAUUUUUAAAUGACACUGAAUUGGGUGCUCCUGCCGCCACAACAACAUCUAAUGGUCCAAAUUACAGCCACCAUGAAGAGGAAAUUACAAGUAAUGUAUCAACGAACUCCUUGAAUCAAUAUUUCGCUACACCAAACUCGUCAAUAAGCUCGGCAUCAUCGUCUACAUCAACAUCAAAUGCCCUUGCUGUUGGUUCAGUAAUGGGUUCCAAUAAACAGGUGGCUGAUGGAAAUUUGAACGCAGGAACGUCUCAAGCGCCUUUAUCUACACAAGAACCACUACACAUCACCAGCCACACGAGGAAGCACUCAAACACAAUACCAAUUGACCAGUUGACCUCCUUAACCUUACGAACUCCAAGCACGAGUCUGCAACUGGGUCCAUCUCGAAAAAGAUCACUUAGUUACAUGGACCAAGUACAACAACAACAGUUGGUCAAUUUGCCUCAGCCCGAUUUCAAUCAGCAAUUGAAGAUUGAAGAUCAAUCACCGUUUUCGACUAACGCAUCCUCAAGUUUGAUCAAUUUGGAUGCAAAUACUAUCGCAUUCUCUGCGGCUACUGCAGCAGCAGUUUGUGCUGACUCAAUUGCCGAUUUCGAUAUGCCUUUCACUGGCUACGACAACAAAGGCUCUUUUGAUCAACAACAGGGGACAAUCAAUCCACGUCAGUUGUUUACAACCAAAUUGGCAACAUCCUUUAGCUCACCAAGUUUGUCUUCAAUGUUUGGAUUAAAGAGGGGCAGCCUCCAGCAUUUACAACGCAGCAACAACAACAUGCCGAUACAACUGCAGUCACAAGAGCCACUUAUGCUGCCAAAUGGCCCCCAAGGCAUGCCAUCUAUGAACCAACUAGAGCAUUCCGCAUUUUCUCCACUUCACAACAGAAGCUUGUCGACAUCAUAUGUUGAUUCCAAAACAAAUGGAGAUAGGCAUCGCGUUGGUGACUGGCUCAGUAGCGCAGGUGAAGACAGUGGAGUUGAUCUUGUCGGUGCAGAUUUAGAACUACCAGGAUCGUUUAAAACCACAAACACGAAUAGAAGCAAUGGUGGGUCCAACGGAGCUAUUGUCAAAAACAGGUCAUAUUCCCAUACCAAUGGAAUGCACAGCAGCAGAAGUAACACAAGGAGAAAUUCAUGGCAAACCUCGUCAAAAGGGAAACAGUAUGCAGGUGCCUCGCCUCAACAACAAAGUCACUUUGCGCGUGCAGUGUCACAACAGUUGGAUGAGCUAAAGGAGCAACAACUAAGUGGAGAGAAACAAGGGCAAUACCAGCAGCAGCAGCAGCAGUUUACUGGUAAUACUGCCUCGUUACAGCUUUCGCCUACUACAAUAUCUCCAACAAUAGGAGAAAUCAAGGAAGAGCCAAAUGACUCAACACAGCCAGCCCAACAGAAGAAAAAGAGGAGAAAGAGCUCCGUGUCUAAAGGCAGCAUCCAAGCACAACAAUUAUUGAUUAAGGAGCAAUUGGAUAAGCAACUUGAAACUCAGCAUCAACAUGGUUUGCUCAACAACAAGCCUGGUUCCAAGUCAGUAUCUCCUACCAAUCCCAACCAAGUCGACACCAACGUGCCCACACAAAAUGUGACUAAAUUGAACAAGAAAGGUGGCAAUGCAUUCACCAAAAAUGAUACCAAGACCUUAUCAAAUUUACAGGAGCUUGACCCAAAGGGACUUCUUUCAGCACCGGUUGUUCAAAAUGAAAAUGGUUGUUUUCCAUGUUCUGAAUGUGACAAACAAUUCAAACGUACAGAGCACCUCAAGCGUCAUAUUAGAUCAGUACAUUCAAACAUUAGGCCAUAUCAUUGCCACUACUGUGAACGCAAGUUUUCUAGACUGGAUAAUUUGGCACAGCAUAUCAAGACACAUUAUAAAGUUGAUGGAUCGGGUAAUACCAAUAUUGUUUAUGGAGAUAUGACAAUUCACAGUAGAAGGGAUAAGAAAAAGAAGAAGAAGCAGGGUACAGCAUGA